UUUUACAUUCGUCAAAUAAUUAUUUUCGAUUCGUCGUUAUGGCAAUUAUCUGACAACUAGAGAAUUGACCUGUUGAUGCGCGCGCGGAAAGAUUGUUCGAUUUUAGACUCGAAACGCUCUCAAAAUUAAUGGCGCAAUCCGUACAGAUACAUCGUUAACGUCAAUCCGAAGUCACUUUCUAAAUUUGUCGUGUGGCCGACAACUUGCACGUAUCUUCAUUUCUGCGUCCGAUCCACCCGAAAUGGCCUUGAAGAAAAAUAUGUCAAUAUUCGAAGGAGAACAAUUGUACAUGCUUGAAAUUCUUAUUGAUCAUCUAAAUCUAUGUCCCGAAAAGACUGUUAGUAAUGAAGGGUGCGAUUUGAUGAUACGUAUAGGUUUCGUCGAUUUUAAACCUAUUGACAUCAUCGCUCAGGAAUCACUCAAGGUUAAUGACGGAAGAACUAGGAGUAAGGCAAAUGGAUUUUCUAAUGAGUACAUUAAUUGCGAAGGCAAGACAUGUCUGCUCGUCCGGACACCGAGCAAUUUAAUACGAUCUGUAAAAUCGACUCCUCUAAGCAUCGAAGUGUAUAGGAUUUCUCUCGAGGAGGACCAUAAUUCGCGAGAUGAUGCUAGAUUCGUUCUCUUUUGCGCAGCAACGGCAUUUUUGCCAAGAAGUUUUUGCGAUCACAUAACUGCGGCUAAGAACAAGAUAGAUGGACUAUCAAAAUCGUAUGUGUUGACAAAAAUUUACACUUUGACCGAUGAACAUGGUUAUCCAUGCGGUUCUAUAUCCAUGUGCAUGAGGCUGUCGUGUUUUGGAAGUUCCAUUAUAAAUCAUCUGGUGCUUCGCGAAAAGUCAUUCAUACUUCGAGGAUUUCCUCUCGGUUGGGAGCUUUCUUGCACAAAACUGUCUGAUGAAAGUGAAAACAACGAGAGAUACAUGAAAAAAUGUGACAACAAUACAUCAUUAUUGCACAAAAUUCUCGAUCCUACAUAUUCAAAAUUAUAUAACCAGGAUGAUCGUACAGAGACAGAGCCUGUGUUGACGAGACCAGAAUCGCCACCUCGCAUAUCAAUGAAUCAACCAGGAUUCGAAAAAUUAACGAGCGCCGAGAAAUUAAACGAUCACAAGUACCGUGGUUUAAUUUAUGAGAUCUAUCACGACGAGCCGACUUGUUCGUGUUUACCGACAGACCGAUCGACGCAUCCAAUGAUGUGUCGUUCCGGAUGUGUCCGUUCUUGUUGCAUGGCUUUAAGAAAUCCCGAUUCUCUUAAAAAGUUUCCAUCGCUCGCUACGCUUGCUUCUGAUAAUUUUUAUUUAAAAUCAGAUAUGGAGCAAAACGUGACCAAUCAUGACUCUACGAGAUUAAGAGGUGGUGAAGACACAGAAGAUAAUUAUUUAAAUAAUAAAGUUUCAUGGGACGAAGGAUACACAUGGCAUGAGAAUGAUAUUAAUUUAAAAAAUCGUAUGAUGGGUGGAAGCGAUUAUAGUGCAUCAGCCCGUGCGUUUCCCGAAGCAACGACCGUCAUAUAUGAAAAGAGCAAGAGAACGGGCGCUAACUUGCCCUGCAAAUUUCGAUCAAGAACAGUGGACGGAAUUAAAGGGACAGACUGCAUUUGUCCAGGGAAAGUUUCGUCGCCUUGGAAAACAAAUGCGUCUAGAUGCUCGAAAAAACCGUGUGUGGGUGCAGAUUGUAUGAUUCGUGCCUUCAAAGAGGUCCAAGAAUUCGUGGAUUCUCUCGGUAAGGUGCCAGGUAUGAAGGGUCUUGGCUUGAUGGAUCCAUCUGAAAGUCCUUAUUUCGGUCGAGACAUACAAUGGGAUUACACCAUUCAAGAAACACCAAGCGAGAGAAAACGAGGAUAUCCCAUUUCAGCACCGCCAGUACCAACAGUUCAGUGUCUCGCACCUUGCAAUACACAGAUUGGUAAACCAAUCGCCAGUACUCUCUCCGCACCUUACGUUGCAUCUACUUCCAUAAUGACAGUAGUUCCAGGACGCUCUGGUAUUGUACGCGAGGCGAUACCGUCGUUACCAGAAACGACGUCACUCUUGGUCGCCGUCAAGCCAUCAAAAAAGAAGGAGGAGAAAUUGGAAAAGCAGAAGGAGCUGGACGUAACAACCUCCGCGCCGCUAGACGUCGACGUUGGUCCUUGCGGUGAACCGAAAUGCAAAUCUCGCCGGAAGAAAAAGAAUAAUCGAACAAUGCCGCGCGAUAAUGAGGAAUCAGAGACAAAGCCAAUACAGACAUUACCGCCCAGUACCAUUGCAGCGAAGGCUGUUGGCAAAUUAAUCGAAAAGGGACGAUAUCCGAAGGGUAAGCCAGGUCCGAGUGGUGAUCGUGAUAGGAGUCGUCCUAUCAAGGUCAGCAGACGAGUGAUGCGAUACGUUUAUUCUAUUGGCGACGUCUAUCCUGGGACUAAUUACGGUCAUAAGAAUUGCAUCGAUCCACGAUUUAGGGUGCCGGCUAACAUGGGCUGGCUGUGGAAUACGAGAGCAACGGCAGGCAAGUUCAAGCCACGAAUCGGCUGGAAGCCAGGCGCGAUCGGGCGUUACUUGAAUGCAUUGCUGAAGGAAGCAAAGGGAGCUUCUAUGGAGGAUUAUCGGGCAAGGUCGAUACCCUCGCGCACCAGCUUGCGACGCGGCAAGGUGUACAAAAGCAUGAGCUACGUGUCUCAAAUGAAGAAGGAGAGUGAAGAGGACGCGGAACCGCCACCGACCCUGCACAUUCACCGUAAGGAUGGCACGUACUACGUGACGAUGUACCCGAUCAGGCAGGAGACGACCGCGGAUGUAUCGCAGCUGGAGGAGCCGAUGAAGCCACUGCAGUUCAAGAUAGUGCGCAACAAGGAUGAUGCCUCUGUCGCGUCGAGCUCUACGGCGUCGGACAUGGAAAUCGAAUUCUCGCCGCCGGCAGCGGUCAACAGGUACCGCAAGAAGCCCGACGUGAUUCACGUGGACACCCAGGUCAGGCAGCAGGAGAUUCUCGAUGCGUUCAAGCUGACGGUCGACACGCCGAAGACGAAGGAGAAGAAAGACAGGAGGGAAAGGAAGGGAAAGAAGUAACGAAACCAUCCUCCCUUUUCUUCUCCUUUCGCAGCCUUCGCUCAUUAUCCCUAGCACGAUCAUGAAAGAGAAGCAGCUUUAUCGGAGAAACAGGUUGGUAGAAUAUUAGUCAAGUUUCCAUUAAUAAAGUCAGAUUGAUCACACCGGAUUGAAGACAUAAGCAGAGAGAAACCUGAGAGAGGCUAUGCCGGUUUUUUUCCUGUUACGGUUGAAAUCGCCCAUACACUACCGCCAGUACAUCCAUUUUCAAUUUGAGAACUACGUGACUAUAAUAUAUACACUUUCCAACACUAUCGAUAAAAUCGUAUCGUCGAAAGUAGAUGUGGUUCGUCUCUGUACUAAAUCCUCAGAACAAAAGUGUGCCGACUAUUCAUUUCGCAUCUCCUGCACAUGUAAAUAAAAGUUGUUGAAUUUUAAUAAACGAAACUGAAAA